GUUUAUGGAAUCUUGCUUCUCUUUUCUCAAAUUUAUGUUUGUUUGUGUUGAUGCCCUUUGCCUUUUUCUUCCUGGAAUCGGAAGGAUUUGCUGGCUUAAAAAAGGGCAUCAGAGCACGCAUUUUGGAAACCCUUGUAAUGCUUAUUCUUCUGGCACUGCUUAUCCUUGGAAUCGUAUGGGUGGCUUCAGCACUCAUAGACAAUGAUGCUGCCAGUAUGGAGUCUUUGUAUGACCUCUGGGAAUUCUACCUCCCGUAUUUAUAUUCCUGUAUAUCGCUGAUGGGAUGCUUGUUACUUCUGUUAUGCACGCCAGUGGGACUUUCACGGAUGUUUACAGUAAUGGGUCAGUUGCUGGUGAAGCCAACAAUCCUUGAAGACCUAGAUGAGCAGAUGUAUAUCAUCACUUUAGAGGAAGAAGCAAUUCAGAGGAGGCUUAAUGGUAUAUCUUCCAUGGUGGAAUACCAGACAGUAGAGUUGGAACGGGAGCUUGAAAAAGUGAAAAGCAAGAAAACUAAUCUAGAACGGCGGAAAAAAGCUUCUGCUUGGGAAAGGAAUUUAGUCUAUCCAGCUGUUAUGAUAUUGCUACUGAUUGAGACGGCCAUCUCGGUCUUCUUAGUUGCUCUCAACAUUCUUUACCUGUUGGUUGAUGAGACUGCAAUGCCAAAGGGAUCAGGGGGGCCUGGAAUAGGAAAUGCCUCCCUAUCCACCUUUGGUUUUGUGGGAGCAGCACUUGAAAUCAUUUUGAUUUUCUAUCUUAUGGUAUCCUCUGUCGUCGGCUUCUACAGUCUUCGUUUUUUUGAAAAUUUCACUCCCAGGAAGGAUGACACGACUAUGACAAAGAUCAUUGGAAACUGUGUGUCAAUCUUGGUGCUGAGCUCUGCUUUGCCAGUGAUGUCAAGGACACUGGGAAUCACCAGAUUUGAUCUGCUUGGAGACUUCGGAAGGUUUAACUGGCUGGGAAACUUCUAUAUUGUAUUGUCUUACAACUUCCUCUUUGCUAUCAUGACAACAUUAUGUCUGGUCAGAAAGUUCACUUCCGCUGUGCGAGAAGAGCUCCUGAAGGCAUUAGGGUUAGAUAAACUUCAUCUGUCAAACAAUCCAAGAGACUCAGAGACAAAGCCGUCUGCAAAUGGACAUCAGAAAACACUGUGAUUAACAAUCACCUGCAAUCAACAGAGCUGAAAACAUCAACCUCAUGACAUUCCUGUCAUCUCAGCAGCAUUUUUAUGUCGAUUUUAUUUGUUGAUAAUUUGGGUCCAACCUUGUCUCAUUUUUUGAUGCUGUGAGCUUCUGAGGAAGUCGGGUAUAUCAGAUUCUUCUCUUUCCAGCGAACUUUUGGUCUGCUUGUUUAUUUCCCAGUAAGUUAAUGCAGGAGGUGCCUUGAAGACUGGAAGCUGAAGAGAAUAAUGCAUUCCUUUUUAUUUGUUGACAGUCUCAUAUCUUUAGAUAGAAACCUGCUACCAUUUGAAUGCACAGUACCUCCUGUGUUAUAUAGACACAGCUACAAGGAAUAACUUUGGGAUUUGGUUUUAAAAAAAAAAAAAAAUACACUUGAAGCCCUAUAUGACCCUUACUGGAAAUGUAAACUACCUGGAGUAGGUAUCCUUGACAGUAGAUAAACAGUUCCACUAAGAAUGUGUUAAAAAUGAAGUAACUGGUAGAGA